UGACGGCACUGCAGAACUCUAUCGAUUUUGUUGUAGAAGACUGGUGGCCGCUCGUUUUGAGUUCUGUCGGAAGUUCGGUCCAGUUGAGUGUGGAGUGAUUAAAACCGGGCUAAAAUGACAAAGGAUAGAUUAGCAGCCCUUGUUGCGGCCCAAAGUGAUGAUGAUGAUGUUGGGCCUGAUGAUGUUGCCGUCAACGUUGAAGGUAGAGACGGUUUCAUGGAUGCAUUCUUUGGAGAGGUCGAAGAAAUACGUGACAUGAUCGAUAAGAUCCAAGCGAAUGUUGAAGAAGUGAAGAAGAAGCACAGCGCUAUUCUUCAAGCACCGCAGAGUGAUGAGAGUGAGUGUUUCAAAGACUUCCGUUCAUUAUAUUUUCAAAAACUUUCUUCUCGUUUCAUGUGUUUCGUUAUUUAUUAACUUA